AUGCAAUGGGAGGACGAUGCCAUCAACGGCGAUAACAUCACAAUAGAGGACGGCUGGUCUGAAUUCCCCUCAUCAACAACGGCUAUGGAUGACGAUGGGAGUUUCUUUUCAUUUUCGCCUCAGCCCUCUCCCUCUACUUCCUCUUCAUCGCUCUUUGGAUUCCAAUCCACCUCUACCCCCACUACGCAACAGCCCUACCCGAUCCCCCCAGCGUCUCCUUCUCCCUUCUCAGCCCCAUCUCCUUCCACGUCAUCACCGACUUCAUCUUCGACCUACCUCGCAGGUCCAACCCCUCGCCUCGGCCACCAACGAAGCUCGAGCCCAUCAGUCAGAUGGCCCGGCAGCGCCGCAGCACAAUCGCCAUCUUCGGCACCACCCGGCAGAGCAGCAAUGAUGGGAGGCGAGAUGAUGGAGCAGGAGGAGUAUUGGAGAGAUAGAACGAGCCAGGAGACGCAGAUGAUGGCUUCGGGCCUCCUGCCCAGGGAUCACCCUCUCUUCGCUGAGAUGCGGCAGCUCGUGGCACGGGAUCGCGAGAUGGGCCUAUCGUCCACAGACGCUACGUUGGCCGAGGCCAUGCUGCGCCACUACGGCGAGGAGCUCGACGUGCUGCCCUCCCUCUUCGACCUCGGCGCCCAGAACCCCAUGGCGCAGCAGAUCGAGAAGCUCAAGCGACUCAAGGGGGAGCAAGAGCAACAGGGCGCCGCCAAGCCUCUACCAGCCGGCAGCUCAUCUCCAUCCUCAUCAUCGUCAUCUUCAUCUUCUGGCGGCUCGCGACUCGACGUCGUGCUCGAAGAUCUCCUCGGCGAACUCACGCGACAGCAGGCCAAGGCCGACUCAUCGCCCUCUUCCUCGCUCGCCUCAUCUUCAUCUUCAUCGCAAGCCAUCACCCCAUCUCCCGGCAACAGCAGCCCGCAGCCCCUCCGGCCCAUCUACCCGCCGCUCAAGGACCUGAGCCGCUCGCCGGCCACCGUCGUCGCCGGGGGACAAAGGCAGCAGCCGCACAACCACCAGCUCAACCUCUACAGCGGACAGAGGUGGGCCAGCGACGACGUGCUCGGCGGCAAGCUCGACUACACCCCGCGUAGCACAGCUCCUCAGACCCAGCAAGAGGUCACCCUCAUCGAUGACGAAGACAGCAGAGGAGCCAGCAGCCAUUCGCGAAUGCAACCGACGCAGCAGCAGCCGAGGCAGCCGCACCAGCUCCGACGGUCUUCGGCUGGAUCGUCACCCUCGUCGGCCAUGUCUCCCGCCACGUCGUCGGUGUCGUCGCCGCUGCUGCAGACGCCGGCGGCCGCACCGGGAUCGGGAUCGGGAUCGUGGACGACCAUGUCCGCGGCCGGCGGCGGGUUCGGCUUCCCCACCUCGCCCGUGGCGGUCCGCGCGCCCCGAAUCGGAUCGCCGUCGGUAGCCGCCGCCACGUCGACCCUCAUGUCGACAUCUUCGUCGCCCGUGCACUCCUCGCCCACCGGCGCCGGCAUGUCGCCCAUGUCGUCGCCUCUCGCCCAGCACCACGCGCCCGCCGGCGCCGUCACGACGUCGCCCACGUCCGCGCAUUCGCCGGUGCCGUCGGCUCUGUCUCCUCCCUCUUCGUCGUCGUCGGCAGUGCCCAUGGUCGGUGACGCUUCGUCUCCCUCGGCGUCGUCGGAGAACGGAGGCUCGUUGUCGCCAUCGCUGUCGUCGUCAGGUUCGACGUCGACCUCAUCGCACAGCAAGGCGCUGCCCGAGGAGCUGGUGGAGCUCAUCACCGCGCCGACGGUGGCCAGCAUCGGAGCCGGCCUGCAGUUCAUCAAGAAGCACAACUACCAGCACCACCACCACCCGCACCACUACCACCACCAUCACCACCACCAGGGGCACCUCCACCCCAACCGAGCCCUCCACAAAUCGCUGCCCGAAAAGAAAGCUGCAAAGAACAAAGGUACCCACCAGCCGUGUAAGUGCUCACAUGAGGUCUUGCUUACCAGGUUCUACCUGUGCACCACCGAGGGCGUCGAAGAGAGGAGCACCUUUGCCUUCUCUAUGAACGUCAUGUUUUGUAUAGGUUCGAUGCUGUUUGGCGACCACAAAUCCUCCGUCGAGUUCCGGAUGAGAGCCGAAGACCUGCUCAACUACCUGUGCCAAGUGCCCAGCACGGCCAACGACUACUCGUUCGCCACCGGCCUCACCGCGCUCUCCUUCAACACUCUCUACUGGGAAAUGAACAACGCCAAGUCGGCUGACUAUCUGCGGAUGGCGAUCAACACGUGCAAGCGCCUGCAGGCCCUCAAUUCCGAUGCGUACAGCCGAUGUCUCUACGCGCUGUCGUUUCACCCCUUCACCGAGCUCGCCGACAUCCAAAACCUGAAGAAGGAGCUCGAGAUUGCGAAGAAGCUGCCCUAUGUCCCGGUGACCACCACGAACACCCCUUGUACACCGCAGGACGUACAGAACUGGCAGAGGUUGGUGCCCGUAUCGGUCGAGAACCUCCACAUCGCCAACGCAGCUCUCGGAGUGAUCUCGAAUCUGAUCAGCGGGUUGAUCCUCUAUAAGGCAAACGCAAGCCGAUUCGCGCCCAAGGCGAACCAGUCGACUCUGCUCCACUUCUUGGAAGCGAUCACAGCUCUCGAGGCCGAGAUCGACCUCAUCCAGUCCAACGCUCCCGACACCUUCCCCAAGCCCACCAGCAAAUUCAUCAAAUUUUACAUCUUCUCGCUAAGAGCUGAAUGUCACUGGAUGCUGGAGGACAAGGAAACGGCGCUCAAGUGGGCCGAAGCCUUCUUGGCUGAGUCGAUCAAGCCCGACAGCAAGUACGCGGUGGCGGGCGUCUCCCAGUUGAUCGGCAUCGUGCUCAACAUCUUCCUGCGCAUGGAGAAAUACGACCUCCUCAACAUGCAGCUCCAGGGUCUCGAGGAGUGGGCGAAGCUGAUCCCGAUCGUGCGGACGAUUCAGUUCAACUACCUCAAGGAGCUGGAGCAGAUCCUGCGCCGGACCGACGCGUCGGCGUCGGCGUCGGCGUCGACCAACGGCGGCGGCAGCGGCAACGGCAGCCCCGUCGCCGGCUCCACGGCGGACAGCGGCAGCCAGAGCUCGACCUCCAACGGCAGCUGCCACGCCAACGGCAACGCGAGCGCCAUCUUCACCAUCACCGAGAACGAGAUCGAGAUGCUCAAGGAGAACGACGCCCAACAACAACAUCAACAUCAACACAACAACUGCGACACCAUCAUCAUCAUCAUCAACCACCACCACCACAAUCACAAUCGUCAACCUCAUCGCAAUUCCAGCAGCCGAUGGCGCCAGCAGCCGCCGCCGCAAGGCUAUCGGCCACCACCACAACAGCAGCAGCACCAACAUCAGCCACCGCACGAACAGGAGGCGCUCCACUACCACCAGCAGCAGCCGCAGCAGCAGCAGCAGCCGCCGGCGAAGCGACAGGCGAAGCAGCCCCAGCAGUCGAUAUCGGCGCCAACGCUGGGCGUCCAGGCCGGCCGCCAGCGAUUCAUGACCGUCCCGCCCGCCAACAGCACCACCAGCACCACCAACGGCGGCUACGGCGCCGUCGCUGCAGGCGAACACCGACAGUCGCCCCCGACCACCUACACCCUAGCCUCGAUACAACCACCACCGCAACAACAACACCAGCAGCAGCCCACCUACCAUCGGCCGCAGCUACAACCGCAGCCCCAGCAGCCCCAGCAGCAGCAGCAGCAGCGCGGGUAUCGCCAGUCGCCGCUGCGCCGCGCCAACUUUGGUAUGUCGUCGAGCGCCGGGAGCGGUAGCACGGGCGGCGGCAGCGCGGAGGACCUCGGCCGAUCGCUGGAGAGCGCCGACUUCGACCUGUUCGCGGAGGUGGCGCGCGAGAUGGAGGGCUUCCGGAUGAACAAUGGCGAGCAGGAGGUCGUGGUGCCCUCGGUCGUGGUCAACCAACAGCUGCACAGCUCGGGCGGCGCGUCGUCGAUGGGCGUCUACGACUGGGCGGCGGCCAUCAGCAACAACAACGACAGCAGCAGCGGCGGCGGCAACGCGCAAGGCAUCGACCCGACGAUGGUCAACCCGCGGUGGCUCUGA